UCGAGAUUCCGGGCCGCCGACACGCGUGCGAGGUGUCAUCGUCGCGGAGGAGCAGGAUACGCGUCUUCGAGAGAACCACCACCUGCAGGAACGCCGAGAAGAAAACACAUACAGGAAGAAACGGAGAACGUUAGGAUGAGAAACGGUCGGAUGUCUGGGGCUCGUCAGAGUUGGACGUCCGUCAGGACGCCUCGAGACGCCCGUAGGACCUUCUCUUGAAACCUGUCGCGACAUAGAAGAACCGGCGAGGGUUAAGCUCGUCGCCACCAUCCGCGCGUUACGUGGCACCGGGUGCGAAUGUAAACUAUCGGAGGAAAGUUUCGUGCCGUGGACACUCUUCGGUGCUCUCUCGUGGACGGUGAAUACCGCGAAAUCGGCGGGACUCGGCGAUCAGGGGUUCGCCGGCAGUGUGAUUCGACGGCGGAUCGUUUCUUGUUCGAGGGUUCCACUUCGUCGUUCGGUUGUUGCGUUUUCCUUGGAGGAUUUCUUGAGAGUGCGACGGGGAAAAGUGGUGGUGGGGGGUUCGUUGAGGAAUCGCUAGUUCGCCAAGGAUAUCGGGAACCAUGUUGGAAUUCUACCCUCCGCUGCCGGGUACCCUGGGCCGCCAGGGUGAAACGGGUCCGCCGAGGAUGGGCUCCUCCGCGCCGCAGAUCACGUUUCGUCCUGCCAACGACAACAAUAACGCUGAGCCGUCGGUCUCGGUGAAGACCGAGUCUGGCCUCCUGGAGACGAUCUGCGCCGGCUGCGGUCGCACGAUAGCUGACAAGUACGUGAUGCAGGUCGCUGGCAGGAACUACCACGAGGAGUGUCUGUCCUGUGCUGCCUGCGCGACGCCCCUCACCCACUCGUGCUUCAUCCGCGAGCUGAAACUCUACUGUCGUACGGAUUACGAGAGGAUCUUCGGCGUGAAGUGCGCGAGGUGCAUGGAGAAGAUCAGCUGCUCGGACUUCGUGCUACGAGCCCCUGGUCUGGUCUUCCACGUCGAGUGUUUCGCGUGUUGCAUGUGCGGGCAACCGUUGCCGCCCGGCGCCCAGUACUUCCUCAGGCAGGGACAACCGAUCUGCAGACGGGACUACGAGCACGAACUGUACCUCAACAGUCCCCAAGAUGACGAUCUGCUGGACGAAAAUCGGCCCAGAGACGGUCGUCGGGGCCCGAAACGACCGCGAACGAUCCUCACGUCCGCCCAGAGGCGUCAGUUCAAAGCCUCGUUCGAGAUCUCCCCGAAACCGUGCAGGAAGGUGCGCGAAGCCCUGGCGAAGGACACGGGCCUCAGCGUGCGGGUGGUCCAAGUCUGGUUCCAGAAUCAACGGGCGAAGAUGAAGAAGCUACAGAGGAAGGCGAAGACGGAGCCUGGAUCCGACAAGGAGCCUAAGGAGGAACGACGGACGGAGAGCCCUCACAGCGAUCACAGUCAUUACUUGAACGCCAUGAACAUGCGCGACGGGGAAUCUUCUAGCUUCCCCUCAGCCACCCAACCGCUCAACCCCAAUAACCCGUACUCGCCCGACGACGCAUACCCUGGCCACUCGGGCGAGAGCUUCUGCAGCAGCGAUCUGUCAUUGGACGGCACGGAGGCUGGCUUCGACAUAGGCGAGAACGAAAGCGGCGGCGGACAAGACGGCGGUCAUCAGGGUGGCUCCCACUCUCACCACGGGCCAACGUCGCACGAGGCACCCUCCUUGUCGCAGAGUUUGCACGCGGCGAUUCACAACCCCAUCGACAAACUGUUCAUGAUGCAGAGUAGUUACUUCAGUGGUGACCACGCGUAAUCCGAAACCGGUUCUCCCAUCGGUGUUGCAAUUGGCUCCUUCAGAGGCGUAGCUGGUCCCUGCGUCAACCAAUCGUUUACCUGGAGAACGCCGCAGUAAAUUCAUCGGCUAUUUUUCUAGUUUCGUUUCGAUUCUGUCCCGGGUACCCCGGUCGGCGUCCUUUAUUACAGUCUCAACUUUCGUCUGAAGUGAUAUCGUAUUUAUUACAAUACUUUAGUUUGUUAUUCACGGAUGAAUAUUACGCGUGUUUAUACACUUACUGUUAAUUUAAUAAAGUCACACUGGAGUUUAUCGUAAGCCGGAGAACGACGAUGGUCGAGAUUUGUGAAUUUGUAGAAAGUUAUCGAUCGAUUCUUUAUUGUAAUUACGUCUAUUUAUCGUGAGUUUAGCAGAGCGUAUCUAUCGAGCGUAUUCACUUCGGUGGAAGUAUCUUCGGCAUCGUUUUUCAGUCGAAUACCGUUUCUUUUAUUUUAUAAUUAUUCUUUGGCGUUAUCGCAACACGUUCGUUCUGUGAUUUAUUUGAUAUCCUAGCGCUCUGCACUGGAUGAUUUCGUUAUUUCAAAUCAGCUAUUAUUUAUUUACGUUUAUCUAAAGCUGCGAAGAAUGAGAGCACCGAACUAAUGCGAACAAUUUAAAUAAUGAAAUUGUAAAUGUAAUUGAAUCGUCGUUUUGUAUAAUUCCAUUGAUUUAGCGUGAAAGUUCUUUAAAGAUAACUUUUAAAAGUAAGAUCGAAGCGUACGUAAUAGCUUGUUUGAGACGAGAGAAUCAUUGAAUUAUUUAUUUAUUAUAAUUUCUAGAUGUACCAAAAUUGCGCGUGGACGUUGAAGACAUUGGUAAAAGAGUAUCGCGGUUCGAUUUAAUAUUAGACGAUGUAUCCUUCGGUUUACACGUAUGAAAACAAAAAAAAAAGCAUAUAUUUAAACACCGACGCACCUUAUUUUUGUCUUGAAAGAUUGUUGUUGACAGCGAAUCGGCUCGAUCGGUUGAAAAAUCGAAGAUUCUUGCAAUGUUUACAGUGCUAACUUCGUCGACCCUCUCUAAAUUAAAAAAACGAAACGAAUCACGAAUAAAUGUUCAAAUUUACAAAAACCAAUUGGGCGAAAGUUAAGUCUGGAAUGUACCGAUUGCGCUCUGGAGAACUAUUUUCAGGGUCGACGUUGAACAAGCACACUGAUAGCGUUGCGGACCGAUUUACAAGAGAAAUAAUAGCCCAGCUAAGUCUGACGAAACAUUUACUAGGAAUCGUACGAAUUAGUGAAAAUUACAAUACAUUAUAUAAAAAAGAAAGUACCAAGUAGAAUCGUUACUUUACCUCACU